GCUGAGCUCUCCGAGUACAGUGCACUCACCUUGUGUGUUUGUUUAAAGCCGAAAGAUUCUGACAGCCAGCCUUUGUAGGGAAGCUCUCCACGUUCCUCCGUCCCGCCCGCACAUGCCAUCGCCGACCGGGCGCCAAUGCCAUUGCUCGGCGGCCCGCGUCGGAUGACUGACACGUCCUACUACUGCUCCAAGCUCGCGCGGCGCGGCCGGGGUGGUUGGCUGGUUGGUGAUGGCGCUUGCAAUGCAUAGGCUUCUUAAUUUGUCUCCGGGGGCUAUAAUAUAGUUCAUCAGUCCGUCGGCUCUGUUGUGGCUGAGGGCGGUUCAUCCAAGGUGCCGGCAAUGGGGAAGGCCGGGAGGUGGCUGAGGAGCAUCUUGGCCGGGAAGAAGGGUGGUGGCCGGAGAGGGGACAGGCGGGGGCAGUCACAGUGUGACUCGACGCCUUUAGCCGAGCUGCCGGUGGCUGCCAGCCCGAGGGAGAAGAGGCGAUGGAGCUUCCGGAGGCCUGCGCCGCCGGUCAAGACCGCCGCCGCACCGUCGCCGUUGGCCCUGGAACCUGGCGGUCUGUCGGUGGCGGUGGCGGAGCGCGAGCUUGAGCAGAGCAAGCACGCCGUGGCGGUGUCCAUGGCUGCCGCCGAUGCCGCAGUCAUACGCCUGAGGCCCCCCGAGGCGGAGGACGACAUCAACUUGUAUGCAACCCCUGUCCAGGAGGCCGCUGCCGCAAGGAUUCAGGCCACCUUCAGAGGUUACCUGGCAAGGAAGGCUCUCUGCGCACUGAGGGGGCUGGUGAAGCUGCAAGCGCUGAUCAGGGGUCACCUGGUGAGGAAGCAGGCCAGGGCCACGCUCCGACGCAUGCAGGCCCUCCUCAUGGCGCAGACCCGCGUGCGCGCGCAGCGCAUGCGCAUGCUCGAGGACGAAGACCACGCCGCCGCUGCCCCUGUGGACCGCCGGUCGCCGCAGCACCCCAGGCGGCGCCGCUCCUACGAGAUGGACAGGUCCGGCGAGGAGCAUGCCAAGAUCGUCGAGAUGGACAUGGGGGAGCCGCCGCGGCGGGGGCGGAGCAGCUGCUCGGUCGCGGCGAGCGAACCAUGGUCGAGGGAAGGCCGGCGAGCAGAUUACUACGGCCCCGGCCAGUGCUCGCCAGCGCCGUCGGCGGCGUUCACCGAGAUCACGAGCCCGCGCGCCUACAGCGGCCGCUUCGAGGACUUCGAGCCGGCGACGGCGCGUGUCAGCGCGUACGUGCCGGCUGGUUACGCCGCCGACGAGGGCGAGUCCGCGUCCGAGUUCUUCCCGAACUACAUGGCCAAUACCCAGUCCUCGCGCGCCAAGGCCCGGUCCCAGAGCGCGCCGAAGCAGAGGCCCGACUCGCCGUCGCCGCUGGAGCGGCAGCCGAGCCGUCGCCGCGGUGGCCCGGCGCCCUUGCCGAGAAGCGUCAAGAUGCAGCGGUCGUCGUCGCACGUCGGCGUGCCAUGCUCGGCGGCGGCCACGUACGCACACUACUACCCGUGGCCGGUGAAGCUGGACCGGUCCAGCGCGUCGCUCCAUGAGAGCGAGUGCGGGUCGACGAGCUCCAUCCUCACCGCGUCUACCACCGUCGGUUACAGCCGCUCCAUGGUCGGAUUCGAGGUGCACAGGAACCAGUACUGAAUCACUGGUAGCUGAAGCAAGAUAUAGUAACUCAACUUCAGAAGAAUUCAAAGAUAAUGUGCCCUGCGUGCGUGUCAAAUGUGGGCGCUCCCUGCCUUGUGAUUCGACCCCUUGCUGCGUUUCAGUAAAGUGAUCUGUUCAUAAAUCUGAACAAUCUGGCGCGGUGAAACGCCCAAAAUAAUUCGUACAACAUCAGAGUUGUAUGCUUUUCAGGAGGCUGAUAAAUAUGUUCGUGUGUUGCAGUGAGAAAAAAAAAAUCAUGCUGCCUAUAAAUAUGAUCUAAAACACGUGUUGAAUAUUCCCAACAUGAAGAAGAA